AUCAUCAAUUCUAUCACAAAUGGGCCCUACUCACAGACCCCGACGAUAUUGCGGGAGGUCCCAAAGGAUACCUGAAGUGCGACAUAAGCGUCAUUGGCAAGGGAGACUCCGUGAAGGUGCCCCCGAAAAGCGAGAAAGAUGAAGACGACAUCGAGGCGAAUCUGCUCUUGCCAGAUGGCGUUCCAACCGACAGACAACGAGCUCGAUUCAUCGUGAAAAUUUAUAGAGCUGACGGGCUACCCAAAAUGAAUUCUUCGCUGAUGGCAAACGUCAAGAAGGCAUUCACAGGCGAAUUCAACGACCUAGUGGACCCGUACGUACAAGUUUCAUUUGCAGGACUGAUGGGCAAAACAAGCGUAAAAAAGCACAGCUACGCACCCGUGUGGAACGAGCAGCUAAUUUUCACAGAGAUGUUUCCGCCUCUAUGCCAGAGGAUAAAAAUCCAGCUGCGAGAUAAUGAUCCAGUGAAACCGACAGUGAUUGGAACUCACUUCAUGGAUCUGAAAUCCAUAUCGAACGACGGAGAAAAGGGAUUUCUGCCCACGUUCGGGCCGUCUUUCAUACAUCUGUACGGCUCUACCAGAGACUACAGUCUUAUUGACGAACAUUCCAGCCUGAAUGCCGGACUUGGUGAAGGUGUGUCAUACAGGGCGAGACUUCUAGUUUCGAUAAGAACAGAAAUAACCGACAAUAUAGACUUAUCACCAGCAGCCGUAGAGCUUGAACCGACUGUUCCCGUCAACGAGGCUUCCUACGCCAAAAACGAAGAGUUUUUUCUAUUUGCUACCAUCUUAGAAGCAUCCAUGAUCGACAAGAAGCUUGGCGAUAAACCCGUCUAUUUCGAAAUCAGCAUUGGGAAUGCCGGGAAUGCGAUAGACGGUCAUAAUGAGUCAGCAAGAGAGCAUUAUGAUUCUGAUAGUGACGAGCUAGAGACAGUGUCCUGCGACAGCGCGUCUUGGCAAAGCACUACAUCACCAUCUAAGCCAAUGACACAUGACAAGAUUCAUUACUUUUUACCCUACUGGGACAACAAGCCCUGCAUGCACAUCAGAUCCGUUUGGGCGGAUUACAGGAGAAGGAUGUACAACUCGAACCUUAUCGCUAAGCUGGCUGAGAAAUUCGAAGACGGCCUCACAGAAGUAAAUACCUCAAUAGAGGCGGACGAUCCGAACGUGGAAGUUCAGCUGAAGCAAGUUUUAGAGGACCUCUCAACGGGAUGCGGAAAAUACGUCACGAUCUCCAAAGCCUCGAUGACGGGCCCGGGCACAGGAAAAACGAAACUGGAUAAGGAACACUUGAAGUUGUGUCAGAGAGAGAUUGAAUACAUUGGUAAUUCUGCCAGGAGCUUGAGAGCUUUAAUCACGAAGAAUUCCUUCAAGAGCCGGUACAAAAAAGCGCAGACCUUCCUGGGAAAAUUGAAAUUCCUCACAGAAGAUCCCCAACAUGCCCUGCCGGACGUUUUCUUAUGGAUCAUAAGCGGAGGAAAAAGGCAGGCCUACCAACGUAUAGCCGCCAGGGACAUCAUUUAUUCAAUGGUAGACGAGGAAUGCGGCCGAGAUUGUGGAAAGGUCCAAACUAUGUUUCUGAAGCUGCCUGGAAAGAAAGGAAUCGGUCCGAGCGGCUGGUCCAUUCCUGCCAAAUUGCAGAUAUAUCUGUGGCUGGGCAUGUUGAAAUACAAAAAGAAUUUCAUCAACGGGAUUCCUUUGGGCUACGAGAAAACUCCUGAGAUUAGGAAUGUCGAGCGUCCGAGAGCUUUACCACCGUCAACAAUCCACUAUGUGGAAAAGCACAUUUUUGAACUCCGCGCUCACAUCUACCAAGCUAGAUCCCUGAUUGGCAGCGACGCUUCAGGUCUGUCGGAUCCCUUCGCCAGAAUAAUAGCAGGAGAAUUCAGCAAGACAACCCAAGUCAUAGAUGAAACCCUGAGUCCCACUUGGGAUGAGCUGCUGAUCUUUGAGGAAAUUCUCAUUUACGGUGAUGGUGACGAAAUCAAGAAUGAUCCACCUCCUAUAGUGAUCGAAAUCUUUGAUCAAGACAAGGUGGGGAAAAGUGAAUUCAUCGGAAGGUCCUUGGCGAAGCCUAGUGUGAAGCUCAAGGAUGAUCCGUAUGAGAAGCCGAAAUUUCCGCCUUCUCUGGAAUGGUUCACUAUAACGAGGGGUACAGAUAGAGCAGGUGAACUGCUCGCUGCUUUCGAGCUUUUAGAAAUUCCAAACGCCACAGAGGAACCUCUACCCGCUCUCCCUCAUCCUAAAGACAUACCCAUGUACCAUGAAACGGACCCGAAACUUGUGAGCACGCUCCUACCAGUACCAAGAGGUAUAAGACCUACUCUGGCUAGGUAUCGAAUAGAAGUACUAUUUUGGGGAUUGAGGGAUCUGAAGAGGAUUCACCUCCUUACAGUCGAUAAACCCAGAGUCGACAUAGAAUGUUCUGGGAAUAUUCUGUACUCGAGCAUCAUACAGAAUAGCAAGAAGAAUCCGAACUUUAGCACUCCAGUGAAGUUUAUAGAGUUGGACUUGCCAGAGCAGGAGCUGUACAGACCUCCUCUGACGAUAAGGGCCGUAGAUUGCAGAAGUUUUGGGAGAUACACUUUAGUAGGUACUCACAUGAUCAAUUCGAUUCAUAAAUAUACCUACACUCCGACCACAAAGAAAGAUCGAGAAGCUGAGGAGCGAAAGAAAUCUUUUAAUCAACUCAGAGUUGUGGACUGCAAUGUUGGUAAUAAUCAGAUAUCACCAACCAGGCUAUCUUUGGCGAACAGUGAUAGAGAGAGGAGUCCUUUGCUGCCUAAGGAUAUAACUAUACAGACAGGAUACGGUACACACGAUGUUAAGAAAAUGAAAACUGAAAUCAACAAAAAACGGAAACAAAGUUUUGAGGAGGAUAUAGAAGACGAAGAAGAGAGUAAAGACUGGUGGACCAAAUAUUUUGCAUCAAUAGAACGGAUGAUCGACGAAUCUAAAGAAGCCAAGAAGGUUUUCAACCAGAACGGAAAUCUACAGGUCUACGACGACGAUAACAAUCCACAUUCCGGAAACAGUUCGGACAAAAGCCCAGGAAUGGAACAAAGAAAAAAAUUCGGGUUCAAAACCGCAGCUACUGCAUCGAGAUUCACGACAAGAAUUAGUCCGAAAGCAACGAGAAAAAAGAACAAACCGAAACCGGUGCUUUGCAAGAUUCUUCCUACGGAAUUAGAAGCUAGACCAGAGUUUGAUGAAUUCAAAGAAUGGCUGCAUACGUUUGAAUUAUAUAGAGGUAAAAAGACUGGUGAAGAUUCUGAAGAUGAAAACAGAGUGGUUGGAUAUUUCAAGGGUGCUAUUAAAGUUUAUAAAUGGCCUUUGCCAAAAGAUAUUGAAGAUACAACUAUUAUGGGUUUCGACCCACAAUUCGGGUUUUUCCAAGGACUGCCUUCAAACGAUCCAAUCAGGGUCUUAGUGAGAGUAUACAUUGUUAAAGCUAACGAACUUCACCCGAUGGAUUUGAAUGGUAAAGCUGAUCCCUACGUCGUUUUACAGUUGGGGUCGAAGAGGAUCAGCGACAAAGAAAACUAUAUUUCGAAACAACUUAAUCCCAUUUUUGGCAAAUGUUUCGAAAUCGAAGCGACCUUUCCGCAAGAUUCGCUUUUGACAGUACAGAUUUACGAUUGGGAUUUGGUCGGAUCAGACGAUAUGGUCGGAGAAACGAAAAUUGAUUUAGAGAAUCGUUUCUACAGUCGGCACAGGGCAAGCUGCGGCCUGGCAGACACUUACGAGGAGCAAGGCUACAAUGCUUGGCGAGAUGCCAUGAAACCGACCCAAAUUCUAGCAAAACUCUGUAAAGAUGCAAAACUGGACCCUCCUAUAUACGCGGAUGGAUUGGUCAAGGUUGGAAAACAGCUUUUUUCCGUACAGUGUGACGAUACGGAUAUCUACAAGACCAAGGAAUCGGACGAGCAUAUGGCUCUGGCAGUAUUACAUAGAUGGCAUGAGUUGCCAAAAGUAGGAUGUGCCCUCGUCCCAGAACAUGUUGAAAGCAGACCGUUAUACAACCCCGAUAAACCGGGGAUAGAGCAAGGAAAACUGGAGAUGUGGGUCGACAUGUUUCCCAUGGAUAUGCCUCUCCCUGGUCCUCCUCUGGAUAUCUCUCCAAGAAAACCGAAAAGUUACGAGCUGAGGAUUAUCAUUUGGAACACAGACGACGUGGUGUUGGAAGACGACGCGUUUUUCACUGGUGAAAAGAUGUCCGAUAUUUACGUGAAGGGAUGGCUCAAAGGUCAAGAGGAUUGUCAAAGCACUGACAUUCACUACCGCUCGCUUACAGGGGAAGGUAAUUUCAACUGGAGGUUUAUUUUUCCAUUCGAUUACAUGGUGGCCGAACAAAAAAUUGUGAUAUCGAGAAAAGAGUCCCUUUUCUCUUGGGAUGAGACUGAAUGUAAAAUUCCUGCCAGAUUAGAGUUGCAAGUUUGGGAUGCAGAUCAUUUUUCGGCGGACGAUUUCCUAGGAGCAAUAACCUUGGACCUCAACAGAUUUCCAAGAGGUGCAAAAUCAUCGAAAUUAUGUACAUUGGAGAUGCUCAAAUCUGACGGCACAGUCCCUAUGGUUAAUAUUUUCAAGCAGAAGAGAGUGAAAGGCUGGUGGCCUUUUUUUGUGAAAAAAGACAACGAAGAGAUGGAACUGACUGGCAAAGUGGAAGCGGAAAUUCACCUGCUGGGUAAAGAGGAAGCAGAGAAAGCUCCCGCUGGAUACGGAAGAAACGAACCGGAUCCACUGGACAAACCAAACCGACCAGACUCAUCCUUUAUGUGGUUUAUGAAUCCCUUGAAAUCAAUCAGAUAUAUCAUCUGGCACAACUAUAAGUGGACUAUAUUAAAACUCUUCAUAAUUACAGGUUUAGCAAUAAUUAUUCUACUAUUCUUCUACUCUAUACCAGGUUAUACUGUCAAAAAAAUCAUUGGAGCUUAAAUCUGUAACUAUCUGUGGUAAUAAUGUAAGGAAAAUUUAACUAACAUUUAAGAAUUCGUUACAGAUUCUGUUAAAUUUUAAUUAUUGAUGAAAAUAGUUGGUAGAAAAUCAACUGUGCCAUAUUUAUCUUUCUCUAUUUCUGCUUUAGUAAAUCAUUACUUAUUGUUUCACCUUUGAAUGAGAGAGGGGGUGAAAACUAUUCGAACUGCCAAAGAGAGGUUAACAAUCAUCCAGAACGGUAAAACAAAAUACAGUGUGUAACAACGAAUACUUAACA